UAUGUCGGUCAGCACUACAUCAUAUACGUUAGACCUGCCUUCCAACCCAGGGGCUGUUGCUAAAGUUGACAAUAACAAAGCUGCUGUAACAUUUCCUGAACUUGGAAUAGUAAGACUGAAAACAUUCUCUAAGUGUAUGACAGUGACCAACACUGAAGAUACAGGAGUAGGCAAAUAUUGUCAUGGUGUUGCCUAUAGUAACAACAAGCUUAUAGUAUCUUACACAUACAGCCCAGCAACAGUGAAGAUACUUGACAUGACUGGUAAAGUAUUGAAAACAUUUCAUAAAGAUCAGCAAGGGAGAUGUCUGUUUGUUGAUCCUUAUAACUUAACAAUCAGUGCAGACAACACAGUUAUAUAUGUAUCUGACUUUGAAAAAAACUGUGUGAUAGGUUUAACCUUUGAUGGGAGAGUUAAGGCUAUUAAUAAGGAUGAUCAGCUGAAAAGUCCAUGUCAACUGACUGUUGAUACGUCUGGAGCAGUGUUUGUAUGUGGACAUUCAUCAGACAAUAUACAUCAGUUAUCACCUGACCUGACCAAGGUGAAGAUUCUAAUGGGUAAAGAACAAGGAAUAAAUGGACCAGUAGGUGUGGCAUACUGCCAGAAUAAAAACAGAUUGUAUGUGAGUCAUCUUGGUAACAUUAAAGUGUUUGAUUUAUCACUGGAAUAAAACUUUUUUUAUCUGAAUAGCCUGCAGAAAGGACUUGAAAAAUACUAUAUAUAGAAUUUCAUUCCAUAUUUCUUUAAAUUGCAAAAGGAUUAUUAUGACGAAUUUUUAAAAUGAAAAAUGUUUUGUAUUACACUUGUAUGUUUCUUAUAGUGGUGUCAUGUUUAUCUGUUUAUAUAGGUUUGAUUGUUAGCCAAUAAC